GGGUUUAACGUCGGGAGAAUUGUGUUUCUGCGGAAACACUGUAACAGAAACUUCUGUGUCGGAAGGACUUUGUGAUCUAACAUGUCAAGGAAAUGCGCUAGAAAGUUGUGGGUCAGAAAAUGGCUACAUAAACAUUCAUGAGUUAUCAGCCACAGAGUUGUCCGGUCUGACCAUUCAGUGUCCAGGGGUUGUUGAGACUUAUCAAAGCAUCACGUUCACUUUUAAUGUGACCGGAGGUGACGUUGUUACUAUUUCUGGUAGCCUUACAGAUGGUAAUAAGCAUUUCACCCUGGCCUCCAAUGUCUUAACAUUACAAGAUAGCAUACAAACACCCGGUACAUCUGUUAUUAAGGCGUAUGCCUCGGACAGCAUGAAUCUCACAGUGAAAGCCAGUGCUGUUAUAUAUGCCCAGACGCGUGUUAAAGGCGUUAUUUUAGAAUGUCCUCCAGUAGUGGUGAGUGAAAUCAGAUUUGACUGCUUUCUGACAAUAUCCCAGGGAACCAGUCUAACUGUACAGGCUGACCUCGGAGAUGGAACAAUUUUACCCCUUAAAGUGCCAGAUUGUCCAAGUGUAACGGCUGGAAUGUCAUCAGGUUUUGUAUCAGGGGAGACUAGCCCAGGGGCUUCUCUACUGUACUUGGUAUCUGGAGCUCAGUUUAGACAGAAUGGAACAAUUGUUGGCUUUUCUUACACAGCAACAGUCGCUGGAACUAUCAUUGUGCAGGUGUACAGACCUAACUGUUCCAACAUUGGCGAAGCAUUUUGUCAUAAGUCUUACUCGUGUAUCUCCGUCAAUGCCUCAUGCUUCCAUCAACCAAUCGGAGAGCACUGGAAACACCGCUGUGGUGCAGGUGCUAUUUAUAGCAUAGCAAAGAGGUACUGUGUGGAUCUGGCUACAGGACAAAGGGUAGAGAACACAACCAAUAAAGCAAAUUUUGGGAGAUUUAGUCUUGCUGGAGAGGUUUCAGUUGUUAUCACAGAAACAGGACAUAAAUUUUAUCAGGUUCCAGACAGUGAUUUACUGAGUGUACAAGCUGGAGACUUUCUCGCUGUUAAAGAAGAAUCGGCUUCUCUUCAAAUUAUCAACACAACCACCUCAGCAUAUGAAUACUACUUUGAUGUUGAUGCUGAUAAUACAUGGGGAGACAGGGCGACCAACGGUUAUUUGCUGACGUUUUCAAGCAGCGACCCAAUACUUUCUGCAGCACAUGCUAUACGUGCACACCUCGUACAGCCUGUGAGGCUAAAGUUCAGACAUACCUAUGUAGAGAAUGGUAUCAAUAUAAGAAAUGUAACGGUGACCGCUGCAAACAAUAUAUCCUCGCUGUCUAUCAACGGAAGUAUCGAACUACAGGGCAUUAUCCAGAAUGUCACAAUACUGCACAACUAUACUGCAGCUAUGACCAACUUUUCUUUUGGACUUUGGAUACCACCCCACCCUGGUUCUGAUGUUAUGUACUACUGGGACUUUGAUGAUGGUAAUACAAGUGUUGGUACCAAUAAAUCACUGGAGUAUAUAUGGACAACAGCCGGGGUCUACAAUGUUACAGUACUAGCUGUAAACGAUAUCAGCUCCAGUGCUGCUUAUGUGAUAUUGAUAGUACAAGAUGAAAUAAGAAAUCUGACUGCAGAGACUGAAGGCAUAGCUGCUGUAAAAGAUAUACCCAUUUUCUUCACUUGGAAUAUCACCCAAGGAAGUGACGUAAAUUAUGUAGCUGACAUGGGUGAUGGUACCAUAUUUAACUUCACAUACCCGUAUCUAACAUUGAAUGAAACAACAAAUUGUACAAGUGCUAACAUCACAUCAAACUGUUCUACAGAUAUAGUGAACGCUUCAAUCACAGAUUUGACAGUUAAUUUAUGGUACAGUUACACAAGCACAGGACAUUACACUAUACAGAUACAAGCUUCUAAUCUUGUUUCAUCACUAAAUGUAAACUUAACCCUGAUCAUCGAAGUAGUUAUUGAAAAUUUUACAAUUCAAGCGAUUGAUCCAAUACCGUACGGUCAGUUGAGUACCAAUUUAAUUCUUGGUGUAGAUGCUGGCUCAGACAUGAACGUUACUGUCACAUUUGGCAACACAACUUUAGCCACGGCGUAUAUCCUUGACAACGGUGCCGGUUUGGCAGUGAUACUAUUUUCAGAUUACUACGGUUACGGGUUCUACGAAGUCUUUGGUAAUGUCACUAACUUAGUGAGCCCAGUGCAUAAUUUUACGACAGGUGUCUGGGUUGACUAUAUGAUAAAAAAUUUGACAGUUAUGAUUGAUCGUUAUUUUUACCCUGUUCUUGAGGUAACAACACUAGUUGUUGAAAUGGCCUGGUGCUCACGAUUCAAUACAACAGUUAUCUAUGGCGAUGGCACACCAGACUUCUUUUUGUACAAAGACCUCUUGUUAGCCCCAGAUAAUGUGACUGCUACCCAUGGCUAUGCUUUGCCUGGAACGUAUCAGUUAUUUUUAGAAAUAAACAAUCCAGUUGAUUACUUUAAUGAUACCUUUAACAUUCUUGUACAAUAUCCAGUUACUAACGUGGAAACAACCUCCACCACGCCACAUGUUUUAAUUUUCGGUUCAUCCGUUUCUGUCCCUUUCAACCUAACAUUCCUUGGGGGUGUUGAACCUGCAACUGACGCUAGUAUAACUGUAGACUUUCAGGAUGGUGUGGUCUCAGUUGAUCCAUUCAACGUAACGGAUCAGGAUCCGGUUGUAUUUGCCAUGUUGCAUCCUUACACAGCAGCUGGGACAUACAAUGUAUCGAUAAACGUUUCUAACCUAGUUAGCUGGACCACAUUUUAUGAAGUCGUUGAUGUUGAUGAAGAAAUAGUUGACCUUGAGUUGACCUUUGAUCCAAUGUUUGUUAUAACAAAUGAGCAUUCAACCAUCCAGGCAUCUAUGAUAGGAGGUACAAGGUCUUUAUGCGUUUGGAAUUUUCAGGAUGGUCUCCCUAAUCAUUUGGAGGCUUGUUCUAGGUCAAAUCCUGCUUCUGUGAACCAUAUAUUCACUAGCCCAGGCGUAUUUAAUGUCCAUCUAUAUGCCAACAACACUGUGAACUUCCAGUCAACAUACUCUGCAACAGGGCCAAUUAUUGUGCAGCAUCCCGUUGUUGCUUUCCGCACCCUAUGUUUGCAGAAUGUCAGUUAUAUCGGCCAUCCAUUUACUGUAGAUUACUCUAUUACUAUUACAUUUGAACUAAGAAUUGACAACAGGUAUCUGCUUCCAACAAAUGCUUCAUAUCAGAUAGAUUUUGGAGAUGGAAUUUUAUCAUCUGUUCAACCUCUACCAACAACUCCACUCACUGUCAAUCACGCCCCAAAUGAGGACCUCAUGCUCAAGGUAGAUCACACAUAUACAAGGGGAGAUAACUAUUCGAUUGAUAUCACAAUCUGGAAUCUUGUAAGUCAAGUGACAUAUUCAGAUACUUUUGACAUUUAUGAAGGCAUAUCAAACUUACAAGUACUGGUUUAUGAUUAUGAUGAAGUAACAAAUAUCAAAAAGGCUGGAGGCGGUCUGAAUUAUGAUUAUUUUGCUCGGGAACACUAUGUAUGGUUCCAGGCCAUGUUUGAUCGAGGAAGUCACAUGACUUUUAACUGGAUAUAUGAUGAUACAACUAGUGACAGCAUAUACUAUCGAGACUACAGCUUACAUACUUAUUCCAAUACUGGUUCUUACUAUGUGCAGCUUCAUGCCUCCAAUGUUGUUAAUACCGCUAAUGUCAAUGUGUCGAUCCAUGUUCACAAUAGUUGUAUGGGCAUAGCUAUAUCAGCUAAUACGCCAAGGUCAAAGAAUACAACAUUUGAUUUUCCUGUUUAUCCUGGUAACAUAGCAACAGAUGGUUGCUAUAUGAUAGAUUUCGAGGAUGAAACUGCGACUCCAAGUCGUUAUCAGUUCUUUGGUGAUUAUUCGUAUUGUACAACGAUCCCUGAAUGGGCCACAUUGCUUGCUGAAAAUGUUGGUCACUUUGUUCACUUGUCAUCAAGUGAUUGGGAAAACAGGCAAAACUUUUACCUCUCCCAAACUACAACUACAACUUUAAGUACUUCCUCUUCUUCUGCAUCAACAACGUCACCUUCCUCUACAACAUCUGUGUCAACAGGCAGUUCAACAACUUCUACAACAACAUCAACUACAACUACAUCAACCACCAAUAUGACAACAGUGUCAUCAACUACCAAUAUGACAACAGUGUCAUCGUCAACAACAACUGUGUCAUUAACAACUACGACAGCUACACCAGAGUUUAUUGCUAAAUGGAAUGAAACUAUACAAACAAAAUAUAUGGAACCAGGGCUAUAUGAUGCAACUUUGACGUGUAAGAAUCGUGUAUCUGAGGAAACAAAUGUAUGGAGGACAGGGGUCACCAAAGGUCCAUGUUGGUGGCCCUAUGUCAAUGUGACGGCUCCUAACGAGUGCGAGGAACCAUUUUGUGACUCAGAACAUCCUGAUAUGAGGACAACAUACAGAUCAGAAAAGCUUGUUGUAUAUUCAGAUGUGAAAAUAAAUUGUACAGCAACAAAAAUAGCCUACUACUGGUGGAGAGUUUUCAAGCAAAAUCUUGAAUGGGGGAAUGAAACUGAAGUAACAGAUUUGAAGGGUGCAGAUGUUUUCUCAAUUGGAGCAAGAAAUUUGAUUCUUGAAGGUAAUACAUUAGAAUAUGGCCUGUACCGUUUCUGGUUGAACACAAGCAUGGACGAAGUAAUGGGAAUGUAUACUACAGAUAAUGUCUAUAUUAGAGUGAUUGCGACCCCAAUAGUUGCUGGAAUUGCAGGUGGGGAAUUUAUAAUGCGACGUUGGGGUGACUUGGUGCCUUUGGUGAUAGAUGGAGGGUUAUUCUCAAUUGAUCCCGACGUGGAAGACCCCAAUGAUAAAACUGGAAUAGAGUUUAUAUGGCUAUGUAGAAGACUGUGUGAAGAAUGGCCUAGAAAGUUUGAUGAAGAUUACAAUGUCAAACAGUCGAUGUUGUCAAACAAUUGUACGUACCAGGAUCCUUCUGACAGAGGAUGUAACAAAAUUGAUGGCUUUGAUUCUUCUGGACGCAUUGUGAAUGCAUCAGGACCUGUUAUCUCGGUCAUGACAGGUGAAAUGUAUGAAUCAGACUCGGUAGAAAUACGUCUGGUUGUGAGAAAAGAUGGCCGAAAAGCAGAGGCUGUUCAGGAAGUAUACAUUGCAGCCGGUGACCCACCUGUAUUUGGUCUUGAAUGCGUUACAAAUUGUGGUCCGCGUGUUAAUCCAGAUAGCAGAUAUGGUUUGAGGUCUGUAGUUGAUGGAUGGACAAGGGGUGUAUAUUUCUAUUACAUCUGGAAGCUGUAUGGAUCAAAUGGGAUACGUAGUACACGUUCUGAGAUUCCUCACAGUGCUUGGGAGCUAUAUACAAGCACUGGCAUUGCGGGACCAAAUAUGGCCAUCUUGCCAAACUACCCCUUUCCAUCUGCAUAUCCAUAUUUUGAGCUGUCCCUGAAAAUCUGGAGAUGGGGACAGUCAGAAACAAAUCAUGGAAUUGCUGAGAAACGGUUUUCGUUGAACAAGAAACCUUUUUGGGGAGCAAUGGAGAUAUCACCUAGCAGUGGGGUGGAAUACGAGACUAAGUUCUAUGUUAGAGGGUAUAAUUUCAAUGACACGGAUGAUGGCUUAUCUUUUAGAUACAAAUUCGGAUAUCGACUUGACAAUAAUUUGCCAAUUACAUGGUUUUAUGAAGGAACAAUCGAUAAUAAUGGUGGAAAGGAAGCUCCUUUUCCUGCUGGGCUCGACUCAAGAAAUAACAGAGUUGAUGUUAUUGUACGUGCCUAUGAUCGAAGUGGGGCAUUUAAAGAUGUCUGGAGCUUUGUAACUGUUACGGCACCAGAUUCUAGCACAGUUUCCGACAUGUUGGUUAAUGCAACACAAGAUGGAGGUCUGAUUGACAAUCUCUUUGUCGGUGCUGAUGUCAAGGUCGCACCAGUCAGUAACGUUAUAGCAAAGUUUCUGAAUGAGGAGGCAAAUACUGAAAUGUCAACAAAUAUUACUACAACUACACCAACAAGUGUAAGUACCACGGAUAAUGUGACAGCUGCCCAACUUGCCAGUCAAGAGGAAGGCAGAGCUAGGCGGGAAAAGACACGAGAAGCAAUAAUGUUUGGUUUUGAGCGUAUUGCCCCGACAACACUGGAGGAGAUGCAGACAACAAGUGCUGCCCUCGCAACUUUAGCUGAGAAAGAAAAUGAACUAUCAAUAUCAUCCCAGGACAGUGCUAAUAUAGUGUUGGAUAAUUAUGCAAAGGUGCUUGAAAGAGAGGUUUAUACGUCAGCAGAUGACAGGGAAGAAGCUGCGUUCACGCUUAUUGAUGUCAUUGGUAAGAUGGCUCAAGGAGCAGGUUACCUGGCUGACAAGGCCAACAAAAGAAUCAGCGACUUAGCUGCAGCCAUGAUUGCAGAAACAGCUGCAAACUGGUACAACAACAACAACGCUCGCACCUACAACCCACCAUGUCAGUUAAGUGAUGACAAAAAAAUGGCCAGAAAAAAUACGCAAUGGGCAAAGGAAGCUGGACUGAAGUUAGAGAAGACACUUCAGAAAGUAAUUGAUAUCGUCUCCAAUUACAAAGUGGCUGGUGAAAGCAAUAUGAAGUUAGACACGCCAAAGAUGACUGUGACUGUUGACAAAAAACUAACACAGAAUAUAAAUGAUGGUAAGGAAAGCAGUUCUCUAGCAGAUACAGACAGAGCUGCAUUACUGGUACUGAUCAAAUAUAGAAAUGACUCUGGACUUGAAAUGGAAGUCAAAGACUUAGAGCAAGACUUUGAUGUUUUUAUUGAUCGAGAAUCUUUUAUGUCGGACUCUUCUAGUAUUGAUUCACUGACGAGGGAGUGGCGAGACAACAUGGUCCUUGUUCCGCCAAACAGCGCCUUAUCUUUAUCUGUGACACAAUUAUACAAUCUCACUGGAUCUUCUCUCGCACAAGGUGAUAAUUCAACCAAUAGUACGCUAGAAGACGAUGUAAUCAUAGAAACUGAAAAUGUUACAUUUUAUGUGUUUAUAAGGGCAUAUGAAGAGCCUACGAUUACUAAGUACGAUUAUAAUUGUGUACUGCCACUGACAAAUGAAACAUUAGUAGAAAUGAUGUCCUACAUGGAUGCUGUGUCUUACGAAAAUGAUACAUCGGAUGAGCGAUCUUCCUUUAUCACAGAAACACCAAACAAAUGGAUUUGCUUCUUCAGCAAUGAUGUUCUUAAUGUGAGCGAGACCACUUUGUUUAACAUCGGUGUGAAGCAUACGGCACCGGAUGCCGACAUACCAAUUGUACUGGAUCUAAAUGAGACUACAACAACUACCACUACCACAACAACUACCACCACCACAACAACUACCACCACCACAACCACUACUACCACCACUUUACCACCAUGUACAACAACACUUGAUCCUAGGGAGUCUUGCUCGAGGAAAGAUGCAGAGAAGGGAAAAUGUUCGAGAGAGAGACAAGAGCCGCUCGGUCUCAAUCAACCAUGUAGUAUUGUAGAAGCAACAAAGAAAACAAAAGCGCCUAAAGGUCCAACAACCACCCCGGCUCCACCAAAGUAUAAACCAGCUCUUUAUCAGAUAAAUUUCUUCACAACAUACUGUGUAUGGUGGGAUCCUAAAUUUGACAUGUGGCAAGCUGAUGGGUGCAGGGUCGGUCCGUUAACAGAACCAGCUCGUAUACACUGUCUGUGUAACCAUUUGACAGCUUUUGGGGCCGGUUUUGCUGUACCCAUGAACACUGUUAAUUUGAAUGAUUCAGCGUUCUCUAAUCUUGACUCCAAUCCUAUUGUGUUUGCAACAAUGGUAUCCAUGAUGUGUUUGUACCUUUUACUGCUGAUAUGGGCAAGAAAGAAAGAUAAAAGAGAUGCGAUAUUGGCCGGAAUUUCUCCACUACCAGAUAAUGAUCCCAGAGAUAAGUACCUGUAUGAGAUUACUUUGUAUACUGGCUCCAGACGAGGUGCAGGCACAAGUUCUAAAGUGUCCUUUAUCAUCACCGGUGACCUUGAUGAAACAGCAGCUCGAGCUGUAGAGGAUGAUCAGCGAAUCAUUCUUGGCCGCAGCAGCGUGGAUUCAUUUGUAAUGGCUGUACCAAGACCUCUUGGUAAUUUGACCCAUCUUAGGUAUUAUAUUUACAUCAUUCUUUGUUUACACAUACAUUGUAUGAUUGACCGUGUCAUUCCUAUUGCUGGAAAGGCUGAGCUUACAAACUUCAGCUUCUUGUUCUGGUCAAAAGCCAAAACCAACUUAACAGACGGUCAUUUAUGGUUCAGUAUAUUCCAACGCCCUGCGAAGAGUAAUUUCACCUGUGUGCAACGCCUCACUUGUUGUCUUUCACUGAUCUUCUGUUCUAUGUGCGCAAGAGCUUCACCUCCUUUCACCAAUGCAAGCUUGUCUAAUAGUUUACCACCUUACACCAAUGCAAGCUUGUCUAAUAGUUUACCACCUUACACCAAUGCAAGCUUGUCUAAUAGUUUACCACCUUACACCAAUGCAAGCUUGUCUAAUAGUUUACCACCUUACACCAAUGCAAGCUUGUCUAAUAGUUUACCACCUUACACCAAUGCAAGCUUGUCUAAUAGUUUACCACCUUACACCAAUGCAAGCUUGUCUAAUAGUUUACCACCUGACACCAAUGCAAGCUUGUCUAAUAGUUUACCAGCUUACACCAAUGCAAGCUUGUCUAAUAGUUUACCACCUGACACCAAUGCAAGCUUGUCUAAUAGUUUACCAGCUUACACUAAUGCAAGCUUGUCUAAUAGCUUUCACCUUACACCAAUGCAAGCUUGUCUAAUAAUGUCGAGAUAUGAAGAUUUUUGGAACUGGACAGGAAAUGUACUUGUGAAUGGACUAUAUAAUCGAGAGUUUUACAAUGGUGAAAUAUACACUGAAUCUCUGAUUGUGGAUAGACAGUCGUUGUUGGUAGGCGGCGCUAGACUUCGACAAGUGCGAAUUCAGUCUCAUUUAUGUGAUGCACCGAUGAACUAUCUUAUGUAUCAUUGUGAGAAGGGCUAUUCUGUAUUGAGAGAGGACCAAGAUAACUAUUUACCUGGCUGGGAACCAGUAGAUCUUACAAAGUGGUCACAAGUUCCAAAUACAUACUAUACAUACAGAGGUUGGGAUGAACUAGAUGGCUACCCCUAUGUGGGACAGUUUGGUACAUAUGGUGGAGGUGGAUAUGUAGCUGAGCUUGGUACUGAUAAAUCUACAGCAGAAGGUGUUCUACAAUUCCUACAGAAUACGAGCUGGAUUAACUCGAAUACCCGAGCCAUUAUUGUCGAGUUUAAUUUGUACAACCCAAAUUUGAAUCUUUGGGGCGUCUGCAUGUACCUGAUGGAGUUUAUUCAAACUGGAGGAUUGGAGAUGAGUCCCAAGUGGCAUAUAUUACGUUUAGAUCGCUAUAUUGGGCCAUUCAUGUAUUUUGUUAUGGCAAUGGAAUUUAUAACAAUAAUGUUUGUAAUAUACUUCACUGUGAGAGAGAUCAGGCAAAUGAGAGCCAAAAGACUUCAAUAUUUCAAGGAGUUUUGGAACUGGUGGGAACUUGGAUGUUUGGCACUGCUGUAUGCAAUUAUUAUACUAUUUAUAUACAGAACUGUUAUAAACACUAGCAAGAUGAAUGAUGUUAGUGACAACACUGAUGCCUUCACAAAUCUUCACUAUGCUGUGCUUCUUGAUGAGUUAUGUGGAUAUAUGAUAGCUUUUCUGGUGUAUAUGUACACAAUCAGAUUUAUCCGUCUGCUGAGAUUCAACCGGAAAAUUUCAGUACUUGGUGACACCCUGAUGCAUGUUGGGAAGCCUAUAGUCAAUUUCAUGAUUGUGUUUAUAGUCGCAUUCUGUGCCUUUGCAAUGACAGCAUACAUAUUCUUCGGCAGAAAUCUACGAACAUUUAGAAACUUUGUGACUACCUUGGAAACACUCAUCUCAAUGAUGUUGAAUAAGUUUGAUUAUGCUUCAAUGAUGGCCGAGACAAAGGUGGUCGGCCCAGUGAUGUUCGGAUUUUUCUGUCUCGUCUUCAACAUUAUCCUGAUCAACUUCUUUAUAACCGUCAUUCUUGAGGGAUUCACUGCCGUCAGAUAUGAUAAAAACAAGCAGUCUAAUGAAUACGAGAUCGUAGAAUUUAUCACAAGGCGUGUGAAGAUGACCCUUGGUGUUGGGCAACUGAAAAAGAAAACAAAGUCUAAGGGUGUCACCAGUGAUCCCAGGAAAAACCAAUUUGUUUAUGUUGAGAAACUUACACCAGAAAUGGAGAAGAUUAAUGAGCUGGAUGGUAAAGUUGAUAUAAUGAUAAACAAGCUAGAGGAUCUGACAGAUGUGGCACAAGAACAGGAAGAACUCAAAGAUGAAAUUGAACUAUGUAAACGUAGGAAGAAGAUUGUCAUUGGCUGAUUAUGAAAUAUUGUCAUUGGCUGAUAAUGAAAUAUAGACAUGGAUUACACUAAAUUAUACAUUUUAAUACAAUCUUUUUGUUUACUACUUUAUUUAUUUAUUUUUCAUUUGAAAGAAAUAAUGUACAUUAUGUUCUUUUUGUAUAUGGAUUUUUUUUAUUCAUACAUUAAAUUUCUGUCCAGACCUUUUUAAGUCAGUUAAAAGUACAGUGUUCCUAUAAUCUAAUUGCAUUGAUAUACACAGGUAAAAAAUCACAAAGAAACUCUUUGGAAAAAACUGUUUAAUUAACUGUUUAAAAACUCAAAAUAAAAAAGGAGCACAUUUGACAGUGUAAGUUAUAAUAUUAAUUGUUAAAUAUUUGUUGGUUAUAUUUUAACAAGCUUAGAUUGUAAUUAAGACAUGUUGAAAAUUAAUACAUGUAUAUAUAUUUUUUUGCAUACUAAAUUUUGGCAUACUGUAUCUUUAAUUUAAAAAAAAAUGUUCUGUUUGCAUUUUUUAAUCAUAACUCCCCCUUGCUGUGCUCAGUAUUUAUUAACUUCUUCAUGAUCUGGUCUCGUAUGUUUGACAUUUGACUUUCUUUACUACUAAAUCGGUCAGUAAAUCUUUUAUGAAAACAAGGACUUGUUACAAUACUUGAAAUCUGUUGAAAUAUUCAAAAGUGAAAUUUAAUCUUAAGUAUUGUUAACAAGAGAUUUGGUUAUUAUGAAGUAUCGAAUAACACACAUAGGUUGUAAUUAUUUUGUUUAAGUAUCUGAUAACAGUUAGAAUUAUAUUUUACCUGAUUUAUUUUGCUCAGUUGUUCUUUUAUUAUUUCAUAUUAUUUUGUAUAAUUUUUUUGACAGCAAAAUUGCUUUUUUAUGUAUGGUCAUUUUUAUUUCAAUAAAUAGUUAAA